AGGGGCGGGCCGCUGCGCCUGGCUGCAGCCGUGCGGAUGUGUUCUCCACAGUGCCGCACCUUGCCAGGGAUCAAAAAAGGUAUCUGUGCAGUUUUUAAAUUAAAAGAGAUAUUAGGUGGAUCUGACUUGUUUUUAAGAUACGAAGUGCUCGUGACCAGGCUUUCACGGACGCUUAUGAGCUUAGACAGCUUCGGCAUACUACAGAAACCUGAUGCUUCCUUCACCUCUGGGUUUGCUUGCUCACUAAGCAGCAUUUCACGUUGAAGCCAAGAAAUCUGACAGUAACUUGACAUGCCAUUGAGUUACAUCAAGCAGGUAUUCCUUUCACACAGCGCUGGGUGCAUGGGAAUUGCUCCAGCAGGCACACAUGCUGAGCAGGGCACACAGCUAUAUGUAUAAAGGCAAAGAACAUCCAUUUUCAUCACAUUUCCCCAAAAUGGGUUUGUACAGUAAAUAAGUAUACAGAGAAGUUAGGCUGGUAAGAUUACCGCAUUGGAGAAAAAAAAAAAAAAAAUCAGAUAUAAUAAAUGAAAGGUACUCACCAGUGUUGUAGACUCACAAAAACUCCCCAAGGAGCAAUCUCCAGGAAGAGAUCCUUUUCUGGUGGCAGUCAGCCCUUAAAUGGGGUCUAGGAGAGGUGCAGCCAGGCUCCACCCCUUCCAGUCACACAGGUGAAUUGCCUUCACCUGUGCUCCCGCGGCUGACUUGGUGCUUGCCUCAGGUGGUCAAUCAGAGGUUCAGGCCGUGAUUCAACAGUUCCCAUACAGAAUUACAUAGGCAUUGAGUUUCCGAGAGCUAACACUGUUCCAUCCUCUUGCAAAUGUGCUCCAAAGUGAUUGGAGGGGUCUCUGGUUUCCAUCUGGUGGUUGUUGAAUGAAGGCUAGUAAUCAUCCUUGGGAAGGCUUGAAGCCUUCCUCACUGAACCUUUAACUUCUAGGGGGGUUGCAUUAUGUUGCAACUGCAACAGCAGCUCUGCCCUCCUUAUCUUCACAAGACGUUCUCUAGAUUUAGCCCAAAGAGAAGAAGUAAACGUGUUUCAGCACUCAGGCUGUUGGUUUAGCCUGAGAUCCUGCUAAGGUGAAGCAGGGCGUUCACACAUUCAUUUCCUUCUCAUAGAGAGCAAGAACUGUGUUUUGCACGAGUUGUCCUCUCAUUGCUCGUGUCAGUGGCAUUCUAAAUGGAAGGCAGCUUGCCUAUUGAUAAGCAAGCUAAAGACAUCUUCUCAUUUUUCAACAUCACCAUUGCCAAGAUCAGUAGGAUGAGUUGUACCAGUGGUACAUUUUGGUCUUUGUUUUCUUAGUGCUCAAGGCAGAACAGAACAGCCGUUUUUUGUGCUUUGGGCUUGAACUUCAUUGAAUGAGACAACGGAUGCAGGGUGUCAGUAACCAGCACACACUGUGACUGUCAUGCACUGCUGUGUCCGAAGCCUGACAGCAACCCCAAGCAACUGCAGUAAAAUGAAGAACUGUGAUGUUUGCUUUAGGCUGGCACAGAGAUGAAUGAAGCAGCGAGAGGAGGUGACUGUCUGAAGAAUUGUUGUGUCCUUAACCAGCCAAGAUGCCCAUCCAUGUGGAUCAAAUGAUGCAGCUGCUUUGCCGUGUUUCUCGGGAGAAGGGAAUGACAGCAGCUGUCAAGCACUCUGGUCAAGGAGCGCUCUUGGCAGGUGCAACUGCAUUUGUUGGGGGUUUGGUUGGAGGUCCACCUGGCAUCGCUGUAGGAGGAGCUCUUGGUGGACUGCUUGGUGCCUGGAUGACCAGUGAACAGUUCAAGCCGGUCUCUCAGAUUAUAAUGGAAUUGCCUCCUGCCGAGAAGCAGAAACUCUACAAGGAAGCCUUUGCAAUAGUCAAGAACUUAGACUGGAUUGAUGUUCUUGAACUGACUUUAUUUGUAAUGCAAAAUGCUGAUCUUAAGUUUCUGCUGGCAAAAACAGUUGAAAGAUUCUUCAUCAGAGAGCUAAGUGCACAGAUAAAGUAUGGAGAAUAAACCUUUUGGGGCCCGGUUUUUAGAUGUUGUUGAAUUUUACUUUGACAAAUAUUCUCUGAUGUAGCAAUUAUUAGGAUUAGGAUUGUCAUUGUAGCUUUCAUUUCUCAGCUGAUUCUGGAUAUUCUGUUUUCAUUUAAAAAAAAAAAAAUCCUAAAAAGCA